CAAGUUUUGGUGAUUACUAAUUGUCAUAAAAUAAUGGUCCAGUACAGUAAUCAAGAAAUGAGAGAUAUGCAUUUCGUUUACGGAAUGGCUCUGGUAAGACCCGCAGGUGUAAGAACCAUCCAAAUCGAAGAAGCUGUGCUUAAUAAAAUCGAAGAGGAUCCUACAGUACACGAAAAAUCAGCUAAAUUUAAAUCAUGUAACGGUAUGGCAAAUUUUGAAAGAUCAGCAACUUUAUCGAUAUCAUAUACAGCGUGCACAAGCGCCUAUUACCUCGAGAUCUGCCUGAAAGGGUUGAUUUUUGCAACUUGUUACGUGAAAAAGUAAC